GAAAAAGUAGGCUUGUGACACCUUAUUUUACAGGCAUUUUCAAUCUCUCUUCCAUUUGGACGAAAUUUAUUCAUUAUAUACAGGACGUCCCAAUAAAAAGCGCCCAAUCUCAUGUUUAAACGUUAUUAAAAACCUAUUUAAACAGGCCGUCUUUAUUGGGACACCCUGCACAUAUGCCUCGCGCUGUACCUACACGUACGGGUCCUUCGAAAACGGGAAAAUUAAAAGGAAAAAAAAACGGUAUAUAGCGAGGAAAAACGAUUUUCGCCGUCGAAAACCGUCGAAAAUCGUAUAUCUUUCACGGUCGAGAUGAGCGCGUAAAAUGCACGCGAGACGACGGAGUUUUCCGCCCGGCUUUCCCGGCCCGCCUCGGGAAAAUCCGCCCGGAUCGUCGGGAGUUUCCUUCGGGCCGGAAAAACGGGUCGGGCGUACGCGAAAACACGGUUUUCGCGCGACCGGUUUUCCCAGCUCUCCGGUCGUUUUUCAUAAACGGUUUUCCUCGCCGAUGGGAAACCGGGGGGUGGUGGGAAAGGAGGAGGGAAAAAUGGAGAAAAUGGAGAAAAUGGAGAAAAUGGAGAAAAUGGAGAAAAUUGAGAAAAUUGAGAAAAUUGAGAAAAUUGAGAAAAUUGAGAAAAUUGAGAAAAUUGAGAAAAUUGAGAAAAUUGAGAAAAUUGAGAAAAUUGAGAAAAUUGAGAAAAUUGAGAAAAUUGAGAAAAUUGAGAAAAUUGAGAAAAUUGAGAAAAUUGAGAAAAUUGAGAAAAUGGAGAAAAUGGAGAAAAUGGAGAAAAUGGAGAAAAUGGAGAAAAUGGAGAAAAUGGAGAAAAUGGAGAAAAUUGAGAAAAUUGAGAAAAUUGAGAAAAUUGAGAAAAUGGAGAAAAUGGAGAAAAUGGAGAAAAUGGAGAAAAUGGAGAAAAUGGGAAAAAGGAAAAUCGUGGAUUUAUUUAUGUACUCUACCUGGCUCGGUUUGCUCCUGAAGUGCGGCUGGUAUUUGACGCGAAUCGAUCUGGGACAGCAGACGCACAAGAUCCUCAAGAAGGCCCUGGAACCAAUUAAAUUUUCCGAAGAAUCUACUGAAGAGGGAUUUGCUAAAGAAAAAUUCAUUGAAGAAGAAUCUACUAAAGGAGAAUGUACUAACGGAGAAUCUACUGAUAAGGAAGAAUCCACUCAAAAAGAAUCUACUAAAGGAGAAUCUACUGAUGAAGAAGAAUACACUGAAGAUUGA